AUGAAGGUGGUGGAAGUCGGUGGUGGUGGUGGUAGCGGUAACGGCGACAAUGUGUGGUGGUGGAAGGCGGCGAUAAUGGUGUCGGUGGCAAUGAUAGUGGUGGAAGGCGGCAGUGGUGUAGGUGGGUGGAAUGUGGUGGCGGCGGCGCGUAUUGGUGGAGGUAGUGGCGGUAGUGUGGUGGUCGUGGAAGGCGAUGCUAGUGGUGGCGGUGGUAGUGGUGUAGGUGGUGGUGAUGGCGGCGGCGGUGGCAGCGCAAUGGAGGUGGCAGUGGUUAAUGGUAGUGGUAGACUUUGUGGUGGUUGUGGAAGGUAG